AUGAUAAGGCCGACCAAACAACUUGAAAUGAUGGACGCCUUUCUCCUUCAGCUACCCUUGAGACUUAGCAAUUGUGCCCUCGUAAAUGAUUCCCCGGCUGGUCAUGCAGAGGACUUUCAAAUUCUGUGUCGUGAACGGGACGAACCAGAGAGAAUAAUAUGCCCACCAAAGAAGCAACGCCCGCAAAAACGGCGGAAGCCCCGGUCCUUUGAAAAGCGCAUUGUCAAGGGGCAGCAAGAGCCAACGCGGGGACGGGAGGUUGAUGAGUGUCGAUGGUCUGGACAAUCCUCCAGCAGUCCAGAGAGGGACAACAACGGACACAAGAAGAAGGCUCCUGUGCCUCCAAGGCAACCCACUCGAUCCGUGUCACCCAUGAGGAUCCCUUCCAGACAAAAAAAGAGCAAAAGCUUUUCACAAUGA